UUUGGACUAGGGGCCUAGGUAUAGUAGCGCCGGCGCCGGGAAACAGUCUAAACAAUUUCCAGACGUCCCCGAUUUAUUUUUCGUAAAAUGGGCUGAGAAUCUGACGAAAUUGUGUCCGUAGCAGUCCAGCAGACGGCAUGUUUUAAUUUAGAUAAUGACUCAUUGGUGAAUGAGUGAGUAAGCCAACAAUGUCCAAUCAACAAGGCCCGUCUUACGCCUCCAGAGGGAGAGGUAAGGGGCGGGGCCGAGGCCAACCAAGGGGUUUGCAAAAACAACAUUCAUCAAGUGAUGCCCAAGUAAACCAGUGGAUGCAAGGAAGUAGCAAGAAAAAGUGGGGAGAAACAUCUCGAGCUGGGAAUGAACAAAGAGAGGAGAAAGCAUUGCAUAACUUGCAAGCUGAUCAACAUCAAUCCACAGCUGAAGAGCGCUUCCUUCAAGCAUCAGCGCAGAUUCAUCAGUCAGUGCAGAAACAUGUACAAGGAGAUGCUGAGGACUCAUCCUCUGAAGAUGACAUGGAGGAUAGUGAAAUAUUACAGAGUACCUUCAAGAUGUAUACAGGACAAAAAGAUGACUAUGCCAAUGACUUAGAUAGGACUACCCAGUGUUUGGUGGAUGCUUGCCGGUCUGCAGCCAAUGUGUGUCUCGUCUGUAUUGGCAAAAUCAAAAGAUUGGAUGCUAUAUGGAGUUGCAGCGAGUGCUAUUGUGUCCUUCAUCUGCCAUGUGUCCAGAAAUGGGCAAAGGAGGGUGCUCUUCUGAACCACAUGAUGUUACAAGACGAUGUUUCAAUGAAUAAAAACACUAUGUGGUCAUGCCCCAAGUGUCGUUAUGAGAGACCAUCUACAGCCAUUCCUAAGCGUUACACCUGUUACUGUAGUAAGGUCAUCGACCCUCCAUUCCACCCUUGGCUAAGUCCACAUUCAUGUGGAGAGAUGUGUGAAAAAUCUCUGAAACCACAUUGUGGCCACAAGUGCCUCUUGCUGUGUCAUCCAGGUCCAUGUCCACCAUGUCCUAAGACGGUUCGCUCUCCAUGUCAUUGUGGACAUCAAACACCUCAACAACGACGAUGUAGCAACAAAGCUUGGUCAUGUGGUCAACCAUGUGGCAAGAUGUUAUCAUGCAAACAACAUCAGUGUCUACAACCAUGUCAUGCUGGUGUAUGUGAUCCAUGUCCAAGGACUGGCAAGCAAUCUUGCAUGUGUGGUAAGAUGAAGACUACAAGACAAUGUGCAUCACCACAAUGGCAGUGCGACAGUAUGUGUGAUCGUCAGUUAUCCUGCGGAUAUCAUACAUGUCAACAAGUCUGUCACUCGGGACCAUGUGGAGAUUGUCCUAGCUCUGGAAAGAGACAAUGCCCAUGUGGUAAAACAAAUUUUCAGCUCCCCUGCACUGAGACCAUCCCUACCUGUGGUGAUACAUGUGACAAACUCUUAGCAUGUGGACUUCAUAAUUGCACAAGACGAUGUCAUACAGGGCCCUGUGAAACGUGUCGUCAGAUGAGUGUGAAGAAAUGUCGUUGCGGUCAGAGAGAGAAGUCUAUUCAAUGUUGUAAGGAGUAUCUUUGUGAGUUAAAAUGUCCAAAAUUGAGGGAUUGUCAGCGCCAUCAGUGUAAGAGAAAGUGUUGUGAUGGAUCCUGCCCACCUUGUGAACAGCCUUGUGUACGACAGCUUCCAUGCAGAAACCAUAAGUGUCCUUCUCAAUGUCACCCAGGUUUAUGUUACCCAUGUCAAGAGACAUAUUACAUUAAAUGUUUCUGUGGGUCUACAUCCAUCAGUGUACCUUGUGGUCGAGAGAAGAUGACUAAGCCACCAAGAUGUAACAAGCCCUGCAAAAUCCCAGCUGAUUGUCACCACGCUGUCCGUGAUCCGCAUCGCUGUCAUUUUCAGCGUUGUCCGCCGUGUCAGCAGACUUGUGAUAAACCCUUAGCAAACUGCAAUCACCGAUGCCCAUGGCAGUGUCACAGUGCAGUGCUUAUCAAGCAAAUUGAGAACAAGGGAAAAAGAGCAGCACCAUGGGAACCUCUGCCCAAAUGUCAGCUUGCAGUCAUUGACCAGCCAUGUCCACCAUGCCAAGUUCCUAUACCAACAGAGUGCCUAGGAAAACAUGAGAUACAAGAUCUCCCGUGUGCCAGAGCUUGUCCAUUUUCUUGUAAGAAGCAAUGUGGGCGGCUGUUGGCUUGUGGCAAUCAUCAUUGUACGUUGGAAUGUCAUGUGGUAACUGAAGCACAAGAUGACUCCAAGUUUGGCAAUGAGUGUGCGCAGUGUGAGGAAGGUUGCAGUAAACCCAGACCUAGCGGCUGCACACACGCAUGUACCAACCCAUGCCAUCCAGGACAAUGCCCACCAUGCAAACGGAGCAUUCGACAACGAUGUCAUUGUACUAUGAUGAUGCUGCAUAUUGAAUGCUGCAAAUGGACAUCUUCUAGUGAGGCUGAUAAGGCUGUGCUUUCAUCAUGUCAGGGACCAUGUACCAAGCUACUUUCAUGCUCUCAUCUAUGCAGUCAACCCUGUCAUCAAGGAGGAUGCUCAAAAUCUGAAGAGUGUACUCAUAAAGUCACUGUCAGAUGUCCUUGUAGGAGACGGAAAAAGGAUUUUCCUUGUAAGGAUGUGAAGGGAGGCAAAGUCAAGGUGGAGUGUGUUACCUCCUGCAAGCAAGCAAUUGAGAAGGAAGAGAAGAAGAAAGAAGAGGAGAAACUCAAGAAAGAGGAACAGGAUAAGGCAAGACAACAGAGAGAUUUGGAGGAAUAUGAACGUUUAACAAAAGGCAAGAAACGUCGAGAACGACGCAAGAAGGAGGAUAAUGUGCAGCUGAGUAUCUGGCAAAGGAACAAGAAAAUCAUUCUCAUCUCAAUUCCAGCAUUUGUUGCACUGACUGCUCUACUGUAUGGUUUGUUUCUGUCUUAACACAUUCCAAGUUCAAUAUUUUUAAUGAUAAAAGUAACAUCUUGAUAAUUUUAAGAGUAUGGUGAUGGUAUUUUUUGGUGGUGUUUAAUUGAUAAAUAUUGACUUAUGCUCUUUUUAAGGAUUGGUUUAUCAUGUUUUAAAUUAUGAACAAUUAUGCGAGAUGACUGUUAUUGCUUGAUGCAUUCCAAUAUGAACUGUGAGAAUCAGAGCCAACUUCCUAAAAUGCAACAGUUUUAUAGAAAUGGCCAUCAAAAUCAGCAAAGGAAGCUUUUACUGCUUGACUGUUCCCUUCCCUUUCAAAUUUGUAAAAAAUAAAUAUCGGGGAUCAAAAGCCUGCACAAUAUUUCAUUCAUGUCCUGGAAAUUCCCAAAUUAAAUUGAUCAACGGUGAAUGUUGACUAUUGCUAGGUGUAAUAGUGCCCUUGAUUGACCUAUCACAGAAUCCAUUUGUGACCUGCCAUGGUGUAAUGAGGAUUGAGGAAUAACCCCCACCUUUGACUUUUUGAGUUAUAUACACCAUGCUAAAGAGCAACUCGUUGGCUUUCCAAUAAUAACUUUAUUUCUGUAACUCAAUUUAUUCCAAAGAUAUGCUAUGAGAAAGUUGACAGUGCGCCACUGAACUUCGGCAACAUCAUUUUGAGAAAAACAGCUUCAACAAAAAAUAUUUUGCACCACCAAUGUCGGUGAAAAAUGCUAGGUUUGUGUUCUGCGUGCGCGUGCGUGGCUUUCUUGUAUCAUAUUUCCAUAGCACCGGAUAUUUUGACGAUCUUCUACACCGUUAAUAUUAAUUAUAUAGUCAAACUUGAAGUGCAUUGUUAUUACCUGCAAGAUGUAAUCUAACUUCAUUAAUUUUCAAGAUAUACUUGGCUCUGAAGUUACAGGUUCGACAAGGUAGUUUUGAGAAUAUCUCUUUAAAGUUCAGAGUGACAACAUAAUCAAAACCAUUUACCCAAUUUGGGAUUUUCAUCGUUAAGUUCUCUGAAAAGAGACAGUAAUGUUUGAAAAUCUUGCUACAUUUCACUUAAUUAAUAAUUUCAAUGUUUAUGUUUUGGGAUACUUUAUAUUCCUUUUCUUUGUGGCCCAUCAAAAGUUUGUAAAAUUUGAUCACAUAGUUAUCUCUUAUUUUUUCACGAAAAGUUGGAAAUCCCAAUCUGAUGUUGAGUUGUACUAAGAAAGGUCUUGAUUCUACUAGUAGGGACAGUGUAGAUUGCCUUUUGUUUUCAAACUUUCUUUAAUUUUUUUUUAUUUCACAAAAUAUGUAGCAGUGAUAUAACGCAGUUUUAAUACGUACAUCACAACUGUACAAAUGCCUUUAGGCCUAUGUUCCUUAAGCUUUGGAAUUGAAAAUGGAAAAUACAAGACAUUUAACGUUUUGGUACUUGCUUUGUUUAGGGGUACCAAAGAGGUGCAUUUGCACCUUAAAUUGGUCUGGAGUUUGCAGUUUAUUUUUUUCUUUAGUAAACAUUAAAAAAAGAAUGUUCAUGACUUGACUUUAUCAAAAUUUGUAAUAAACAGCCUUAUAUGGGAUGAAACAAAUGGAGAAAUCCACAA